AUGAGAUUAAAGCAAAUAUCUCAAAUUAGAAAGGUUGUGAAGGGGUUAGAGCUUUCAAACCGAGAUAAGUGUACAAUAGAAGUGUUUGACUACACGGAAGUGUCACUCCACGACAAGAACAGAAGUACGUCUUCAGAAGAGAACGGAAAAUUGACGAUAGUAUCGGCAAUUUUGAAGAAAAGACAAAAAAAGAACCAAACUGAGAAGAAAAUUGACAACACGUUGUUCGUAUUUUGGCUAGAAAGCUACCAAUCCUUGAUAAAGGAUUUGUUAUUGAGUAAAACCUCCCAGUUGGAGAAUUUGGGCUUUAUGUAUGCGCAAAAUUCGGAUCGAACGUCGAAAACGAUUCUGAAGAACGAGCUAUGGUCUUUAUAUCACGAUAAGUCUGUGAUUUGCUCUAGUUGGAAGAAAAAUUAUGGACUGCCUACCCAGAUAAACAAACUCUUCCUGGUAACACUAACAAAAUAUUACAUGGCAUAUAUUUGGCGAUUCAAUGAGCUGCAGGAUUCGUUUGAGAUUUGCAUUCAAAUUCCACUACAAAACGAUAAUUACACACUCAACUUUCACUGCCUGUGGAUGAACGUUGAGAGCGUAGUGUCAGACUACAACUUCAGCAAAAGGGCGUUCUUGAUUUUUUACAACACGACUAACACGCGCUGUUACAGUAUAUCAACUGAGGAUUUAGAAUCAGAUUUCCCAUACAACCAUGAGCUAAAAUCAGGAGAUUCGGACAUAUUCUUGCCAAAUCUCAACACAGACGAUGACUACAGUGUUGGAUCUCAAGAUUAUGAUCAGAGUGAAUCGCUAGAAGAAUUUUAUGAUGACACUGGGGAGGAGUACGAUAAUAUAUUGUUCCACAAGUAUGAGGAUUAUGUGCAAUAUUUCGAGAUUUACGGAGUUGAUGGCCUCUUUAAUCACAGACUGGCAGUCACCAGCGAGUACCUCCUGGGCAGCAACGAACUUACAAUGCCAGUUAAAAUCAAGUUAAUUGAGUCAGUUUGCAUUUGUGAUCACACCUUUGAAACGGGACUUGUAACUCUAUACACAAGUGACUCUCUAAGACCGAAUAAAAUUACCACCAAAUCGCCCAUCGUGGUUAGUAAAUGGAUCACACUCAAGUCGACAAAUUUAUCAAAUUUCUAUAAAUCCAAUUCAAACCAUAACUUAAGUAGUGUUAAUAGUAAAAAUAUUAAUUCUAAUGUUAGUGGGAAUAUUAAUGGAAAUAUGAAAAAGAGUGAUGAGAGUUUGGAUGAAUUGAUAGGAAUGCAGAUAAGUAAGGGGUUGAAUAAGAUAUUACCGCCAGUAAAAUUUAUCUUGUUGAAUGAAAAUGACAUUAGGAUGGACUUGUUAUUAUCACCAUAUGACUUAUUUUUGAAAGAUGAUCAUAUAAGAGAGUCAGUAGAUAAUAUUGUUGGUUUGGUGAUUAGGUACAUGUUCCACCCAAGUACACCACUAUACAUUAAUGUAAAUAAUGAACUUGUGUAUAUCGAAAAUUACUUUAUAAACAGAAUCAAAGAAUCCACAAAGGUAAAAAAUAUUAAAGUUUUCAGCGGAAAGAAUGAAACGCUUUAUAUAAUCCACUCGAAAACAGGAGCACUCACCGCCAUCACAAGCAAGAAACAUGACCCAAAUGAUAUUACACACCAUCAAAUACAUAACAUGAACCAUGUUAUAUCAUUUCAGGUUAUUGAAUACCACCACCAACUCUACUUCAUCAUCUUCACUCCAUAUGAUAAGGAAUCUGUAUUACUGACUCAAUAUGAUAAUGAGUCAGUAUUGUUAACACCAUACCAUAACGACUCAGUUAUAUUAACUCCAUAUGACAGAGAAAGUUUAUGUAAAAAUUUGAGUGAUCAUACACGUAAUGAGUAUGCACAAAACGAUGGUUCAUUAUAUGUGUGUGGGUUUUACAAAUGGGAAAAUUAUAAGCUUAAUUUAAAGGGAAGUUGGUUAUUUCAACGUCCAGACCCAUCAAAAUAUUCAGAUGAAGCAAGUGGUGAUACCGAUGAUUUUGAUGACGCAAUAAUACAGUUUAAAAAGUGGUAUGACUCAAAUUAUUUUUGCCUUUUAUCGAAAUUCAAGUUAAUAUCACCAAAUGACCCUAAUAUAACUGAGGAAUUAGAUGGCACGGAAGUUGUAUACCUAUACAUGAUCAAGAGUCAUAAGAUAAUCAAGUGGCUUGAAAUAACUAGUAAAUACUGUUAUGACUUGUUGACACAGGAUAAGUAUUUGUUAGAAACAAGCGGUAGAAAUGAUUAUAUGAUUGAGGACCUAAAGAUUCUAAUUAAGAAUAGACCCAUGAGAGAUAUGUAUAUUGGUGAGUCAGAGUACCAAAAUGAACCAUCAUGCGAUAGUUUGGAAAAUUCAAGUACAACUUAUUCUGAUGAUGUGGUUGGCGAGUUACCUUUAUUUACUGGCUGUAAUUUUGAGAAUAAGAUGUUCCCAGUAUACCACCCCGAGUGCGUGCUAACGAUGUUUAAACUUGGCCUUAACACCCUUGUAUCUAAGCUUGUAAAUAUGCUAGUGUUUCUGUUUAGAAGAAUUCUGUCACAGCUUAAGGAUAAUAUUUACUGUACAAACUCGAAUCCUUACAAUUCAGAGGAACAAAGCGCAGUCCUAACUGAUGAUGUUUCUGGUGGCUGUAACUGUAUCAUAUUUAAGACGCUGGCCCUAAAGUUGUUUUGCAGGUUUAACCGAUUCUUCUACGAUUACAUAAUUAAAACUAUUUACACAAGUAAUAUGACACAUGGGCAGAACUUUGAGGAGAAUAAGGACGCGGAGGAACCCAAGAAAACUAUCCUUAACGACUACGUAGUGGAUGAUGAGUAUAACCAAUACUUUAAGGAUUAUUGCAGUUUCAGAGUUGAAAAUGAAUUUUACUUGAAUGAAUUGAUUGUGUAUUUACAGGUAUUAAGAUUAAUUGGGCUUUCUUGGUAUGAACAAUAUCAGCUCAUUAACAUUCUUACCAAAUACCUGUCAACCUCCGAUGACAUGCUACUAUUCAACAGUAACCGAGACUUGGAAAAUGUAAUUGGGUCUAUGGAGUCAACGCGAGACGAAGAUGGAGAUGAAGAUCUCUGUAACCUGUGCCAGAAUUCAAAUAUACUCUUGAGAAUUGGAAUGGAACAGAAUUCCCAAGUGGUUACACCGGACCAUAAUAUAUUAAAGUACCUGAUUUCAUAUAUGACGUCACUUUCUCCCUCAUUUUUCAGCACAUUUCCAACCAACAAGAAUUUGACAGACUUAGAUAACGUGUUCUUCACAAAGUAUAAAGAACACCUGGACGACAAGUUUAAAGUCAACCAGCAUAUAUUCAAGGAUGAAUCAGUUACCUUAACAAGGGAUGAAGACGCUGAGGAAAAUUUUCUGAUCUGGCUAUUGCUAGUAAAGAAUGAUCAUAAUCUACUAAUUGAGUUGGAUCACUAUUAUACUAACACUAUUGUAACAGGUGAUAGUGGGCUAUCGUACACCGAGUACAUGGACAUGAUAAAUGUGGGAUACUGGGUCAAGAAUAAAACAACGUUCAAAUACAUGUUUGAGAAUGUUGAAAAGUGCUUUAGACUCAAGGUAAAGACUUAUAGAAACAUUGAAGAUUUCGACCAGUUUGGGUUUUAUCUGAUUCUCCAAGGCAAAGUUAAGAUUUUUAGUUUACUUUUGAAGUCCAAGGGAUUUGAGAAGUUCGCCAAUUUUCUGACCAACGAUUUUACCCAAGAGCGCUGGAAAGACGCCAGUGUCAAAAACGCAUUUGCACUUAUUUCACAGAGACGGUAUCUGCUUUCCUCAGCAAUGCUCAUACUUGCGAACAGGAUCCAAGAUGCAGUUGACGUCGUACACCAAUACCUGAAUAACCUAUCGCUCUCGAUAUUAAUUUCAAAGCUAUUCAACUUUAGUCUUCAGUACACCUUCAACAAGAUCCAGAACAAGAAAAUCAAGUACAUACUCCUCCAUACACACUCUAUUGAUACAUCACCAGAGUAUUCAAGCGAUAAUAUAAAUACAUUGGCGGGAAGUAGUGCUAAAGAUCAGGAUUCAGGACGAAUCAACACACAAAGGAAAGAGGGUUUGAAGAAAAAUUUACAUGUAGAAGAUCCAUUAAGUAAACAAGUUGAACUAUUAUGCCACAAUGAUGAUUCAGAAUCCGAUCAUCCGUAUGAUACCAAUAUGUACAAUACAUCAUACACAAAACACUCAUAUAGCAAUAUGUAUAAUACACCAUAUCCGAAACACUCAUAUAACAGCGUCUAUAAUACAAUGUAUCUCAAAAAUCCACAUAGUGUUGGUUUGAAUGAGGAGGCUAGAGGAUAUAAUACGAUAGGACAUGAUUUGAGGAUUCUGGACCUGUUAUCAGGCACAGUAGACGAGUUGAUUUUAAACGUGAGUAUCGGGAUAGUUUUGAAGAAGCUGGACAUGCUAGAUGUGGAGCAAAUGAUAAGAAAUAGCUCUCGCUAUUACCUGGACAAAAUGCCCAUGAUUUCAGCACUACUACACUCCUUUGUAGUCAAUUACACUAGCUGGGACAAGAUCCUCAUCUACGCCUCAAACUUUCUACACUUUCAAAAAUUCAAUAACUUCAACCAAAAAUAUGAUUAUCUAGAUUAUACCAAUCAAGGAUUGAAUGAUAGUUAUUGUAAUAGUAAUUAUUACGUUGAUGAUUAUAAGUAUUUGGAUGGGAAUGUGUUGGUGGAGUUUAACAAUUAUACAUUUAAGCAGACGCAUAUGAAGUGUCCAAUUUUGAAGAAGUUGUCAUCGAUAAUAUCAACAAAGCAUUUGCCUAGACCUAAAGGAACUCAUACGCAGAACUCUCAGCAUACAUUGUUUAGUUUCUCAGGUCCAAAUUUGGGUCAUCUUUCUGGUUCUACACUUGAUGACCAGAACGAAUUCGUGAGGUCAGGAGAUGAGAUUUUCGUAAUGAAUGAGGAAACUGAUUUGGUUGUUAACGUAAAUACUUUGAGUGUUGUAGAAGUGCUUCUUAAGAUAAAGUCGACCUUAAAUAUGGAGUUGACGCUCAAUUAUUAUAAAAUCAACUCAAUAAUCUCAAUUAGAAAGUAUGAUAUUGAUAUUGAGAGCAUUUACACUAGACUAGUAAAUACCUUUAUUGGGUUUUUAGACUCAAAUUUGAGUAUACAAGAGUUUAACAUACCGUCACUCCAACUUAAUCUCAUUAAUAAACUAGCACUUCUUGCAAUCCAUAGUAGUAAUUUGGAUAAUUCAAGUGAAAAUCAGUGUGGAACUUUAGAAUCAGAUUAUCAAUCUGAUAAUGAAGUGAAGGAUAGGUUAGAUGUUGGACUGUACGAUAGUGACCUUAACCUGGUUAACGAAGAGAUUGUCUGCGUAUGCUUUGUUGUAUCAUUAACAUGCGUGUUCAUUCUUGUUUUGUACAAGGUUGGCCUUUUACCGCAGGUCUACAACGGACUCUACACUCAACUAACGCUCCUGAACCAGAUGAAAGGAAAUAACGAAUGGCUUAAACAAUUUCUAGAAUCAGUCAUUAACACAAUUGAACCAUCUUUAUUUGCAAAUGACACAUUUGACGUUGAAAAAUUCAACAUCUUAUCCGCCUCCAACAAUAUGAACACAAAAACUCAACUUGACGAUGAAUUACAACUUAAAGAGUAUACAAUACUAUAA